AUGGAUCCUCAUCAGCAAUGCAAAUACAUCCAGGAAAUCUCUUUUUAAGAGAACGAUUAGUUAAGAUUACGAGUAUCUGAUCUGGAAGCAAGAAAUGCCGAAUUGCAAGAUGAAGUUGAAACUAUAAACGAUCUACUAGAGUAAGAGAAAGCCGUAGGUUAAUCAAAAGAGAAAGCUCUACAAGCCUUGCAGGUAAAUAAUUAGGAGCUAAAUUACAGAAUUGGUGAAUUGUAGAAUAAGAUUGUUGAAAAAGACACUAAAAUUUAGGAACUCCAAAAUGUGUUAAAAUAAAGAGAGGAUCAAAUUAGUAAGGUUAAUGGGGAAUAAAGAAAAAAUGGAAAUAAAUCUAAAACAUAAAGAAGAUAAUAAAGCAAUCCAAAAAAAUAAUGA